UAUAGUUAAUUAGUAAAGGACAAGCUGUUGCUGAAGAGUUACGAUUUACAAAGUCACCUCGGCAAGAGAUUUGGUACAUACUAACUUGUUCUUUGUAGGUACAAGAAUUGGUACAAAAUGUGGAAGCUGAGGAUAGGAGCUGAGGCGGGACAAGACCCUUACUUGUUCAGCACCAACAAUUAUCUCGGGAGGCAAAUUUGGGAGUUCGAUGCUGACGCAGGCUCUGCAGAGGAAUUAGCCGAGGUCGAGGAGGCUCGACGGAAUUUCGCAGCCAAUAGGUCACACUACAAGGCCAGUGCAGAUCUCCUAUGGCGUAUGCAGUUUCUAAGAGAGAAAAAAUUCGAGCAAAAUAUUCCGCGAGUGGUAAUAGAUGAUGCAGAGAAAAUAGCGUAUGAAGACGCAGAGAAAGCACUAAGAAGAGGGAUACUCUAUAUGGCUGCGUUGCAGGCUGAUGAUGGACACUGGCCGGCUGAAAACUCUGGUUGCAUGUUCUUUAUCGCCCCCUUUGUCAUAUGCUUGUAUAUCACUGGCCAUCUGGAUAAAAUCUUCUCUCAAGAACAUCGGAAAGAGAUGUUACGUUACAUGUACAACCAUCAGAACGAGGAUGGUGGCUGGGGAAUACACGUAGAAAGCCACAGUUUUAUGUUCAGCACGGUCCUUAAUUAUAUUUGCCUAAGAAUAUUUGGGGAAGAAGAAGAUCAUGACGGUAUAAAGAGUGCUUGUGCAAUGGCUCGUAAAUGGAUCCUCGACCAUGGUGGUGCUACCUAUACGCCACUGCUCGGAAAAGCUUGGCUUUCGGUUCUUGGAGUGUAUCAUUGGUCUGGCUGCAAGCCCAUCCCGCCUGAGUUCUGGCUCCUUCCGUAUUCUUCUCCUAUUAAUGGAGGCACUGUAUGGAUUUAUUUGCGGGACGUUUUCAUGGGUUUAUCAGACUUGUAUAGUAAAAAGUUCGUAGCCACACCUACACCACUCAUUCUACAGGUCCGUGAAGAGUUUUAUGAUCAGCCUUACGAAGAGAUUUGUUGGAGCCAAGCUCGCAAUCUAUGCGCAAAGGAAGAUCUUUACUUUCCACAGUCAUUUGUACAAGACUGGUUUUGGAACAUUGUUCAUAUGUUUUCGGAGAAUAUCUUCAACCUUUGGCCUUUCAACAAGCUCAUAAGGCAUAAAGCUCUCCAGAAAACAAUGGAAAUCAUUCACUACCAUGACGAAGCCACCCAAUACAUAACCGGUGGAGCUAUCCCAAAGCCAUUUCACAUGCUUGCCUGUUGGGUUGAAGACCCAAAGAGUGAUUAUUUUAAGAAACAUCUCGCUAGAGUCCCAGGCUUCUUAUGGAUUGGCGAGGAUGGCCUGAAAAUCCAGACUUUUGGUAGCCAAAUAUGGGAUACAGCCUUCUUGCUACAAGUGAUGUUAGCUGCUGAUGUUAAUGAUGAGAUUAGGUCAACGCUUAUAAAGGGAUACUCCUACUUGAGGAAAUCUCAGAUAGAGAACCCUCCUGGUGACUUUAUCAAAAUGUUUUGAGACAUAUCAAAAGGAGGUUGGAGUAUUUCAGACAAAGAUCAAGGGUUGCAUGUUAGUGAUUGUAUUUCUGAGAGUUUAAAGUGUUGCCUGAUCUUUGAAAGCAUGCCGUCUGAGUUCACUGGCGAGAAAAUGGAUGUGGAGAGGCUUUAUGAUGCCAUCAAUAUGCUUCUCUAUUUGCAGGGCAAUAACGGAGGUAUAGCAAUAUGGGAGCCAGCGCCUGGAAAAACCUGGCUAGAGUGGCUUAAUCCUGUGGAAUUUGUUGAGGAGUCGACCGUCGAACAUGAGUCUCUAGAAUGCACGGGGUCGGCCAUAGUGGCAUUAAUGCAAUUUAUGAAACAGUUUUCCGACCAUAGACGGGAAGAAAUCGAAGGGUUUGUAACAAAAGGAGUGAAAUAUAUAGAGGACUUGCAAAUGCCUAAUGGUUCAUGGUAUGGAAACUGGGGUGUAUGCUUCAUUUAUGGGACCUUCUUUGCGGUCCGAGGUUUGGUGGCUGCAGGCAAGACUUACCAUAAUUGUGAGACGAUCCGUAGAGCGGUUCGGUUUCUUAUCGAGACACAGAACAUUGAAGGUGGUUGGGGAGAGAGUUAUCUCUCUUGUCCCAGAAAGAAAUAUACUCCCUUGGAUGGAAACAAGACCAAUGUGGUGAAUACAGGACAAGCAAUGAUGGCUCUAAUUAUGGGUGGUCAAAUGGAGAGAGACCCUUUGCCUGUUCACCGUGCUGCCAAAGUUUUGAUUAAUUCACAGUUGGAUAAUGGUGAUUUCCCACAACAGGUAAAUUGGUCUUCCCAUAUGUAG